CGGCCUUCCGCACAGCACCUCGCCACUGGCUCUCUGACUACUCGUGCAGCGGCUGACGCACUGAACCUACCGCACGCUCACGUAUCGCUGGUCGUCUCAUCCUACUUCUCAUCACACUUCCUGUAUUCAAGCGGCUCAUCCCACAACUGUAUAGGGCCCUCACUACGUACUCCCUAACCAAGCGCAAAGUUGAUAUCACCAUGCCCGCGUACAGCCCGUGCAGUGCGGCUCCGGGGCCGCAGCCGCGCAAUUCGUUCGCCGACGAAGACGACGGGCACUCGGCAUAUCACACCCCGGCGGUGUGGAGCGACGACGGUGACGACCUGGCGGCCGCGAUACUGUCCCACUGGUUAACGCCCCUCUCAGCGAAGCACACAGAGAUGGUCGACCGUUGGCUCACCUCACAACAGGAGUGGAGCACAGCGCCUUUCGCUUUAAGCAGACGCUGGGCUACCGCGCGCAAAUGGUACUACUCGCGCCAUUCGCGAUGGUACAACUACGUCCCUAUCUUGCUAAACACGCACGUCCGUCGAUUCGCGAAAGAGGCUGCUCGCCGACAUGUUCUCCUGCUGGACUUCGAGUUCUGGGGUAAUCUCUCGCGACAUAGAUUCAAGAUCAACGAGUCGCGUGAGGCUCGUGUAUCCAAGAGCUUCCACGGUAUCAUGGACUACGAGCAUGUUGUUUUCCCAGUUUGGUGGCAGAAUGCUUGGCUCACGAUGGUAGUCGACCGCUCAUCGGGGCAGCUUGCCGUAUAUGACCCAUGCGGUGUCUCGGCGCGCGCACCCAAGCGGCUGGGCGUGAACUGGGGCCCGGAUUGGCGCAAGGUGGGGGACACUCCGAGAAAUCUGUGUGAAGGUAUUCGCCACGCCCGACCGCGUUCCCAUCGACGAGGACAAGGUCCGAGUGUAUGUGCCGAACCCAACCGCACGCUCGCGUGA